UUGGUGAGUUUUUUUUUUGAUAAAUUAAAGUUAGAGGUGCUGAAAAUCUGAAAAAUCACAAAAUUUCGUUGCGAGACCCGAAAAAUUGCGAGAAAAAUGGGUCUCUAAGCGAAAAACGUCGAUUUUUUUGAUUUUCAGGCUGAAAUUGGCUUGAAAAUGUGAUUUUCCUGCUCAAAAUCAGGAAAAUCACAAAAUUUCGCUUCGGGACCCAAAUUUUCCCGCCAAAAACAUGUUUGAUAUCAAAAUUCAUCAUUUUUCAAGGCUAAUCUCAUGCCACGUGGCAAAAAUUCAAAAUUCCCGCCAAAAACUUGUGGGAAAACUUCCAUUUUUCUCUGCGUCUCUUAUCUCUCCCCGUGUUUUUGUCCAGGUCAAAUCAAUAUACGAUUUUACACAGUCAGACUACACUGUAGUCUUAUCUCUGGCCAAACAUUUUCGUUCUCAUCAAAAGAAAACAGAAAAAUAUGUUUUUAGAUCAGAAUUUUGUGCUGAAAACGCUGGAAAUGCUGAAUUUCACUGAAAAUGACGAUUUCCAUGAUUUUCAGCACGAAAUUCUGGUCUAGAAGCAUAUUUUCAACCUGAAAUUAAUUUCAGAUGUCCUCAAAACGCUCCGAAUUUUUGGCAUAUUUUUUCCGGAUAAUUUUCCGCCGAAAAUUACUGAAACUUGUCUGGAAAUCGCCACGUGGCAAGCUGAAAAUUCGAAAUUUGGCUGAAAAUCUGGAAAAUCCUGAAAAUUUCAGCCAAGGCUCGAUUUUUUUGAACAUUUUGGAUUUGUGGAAAUUCGGCGUUUUGGACGGGCAAAUUGUUCGGGUUACUGUAACUGCGACUACUGUACUUGGUGAGUUUUGGCGCGACAAUUUGGUGCAUUUUGAUACCAAACAUGCCUGGGGUGUUUUCUGGAGCGAAAAAUUCAAAUUUUCGCGCCAAAACCAUGCCACGUGUCAAUUUUGGCGCGAAAUUUUAAAAAUUCAAAUUUUUUCAGGAGAUGUUCAACAAUUCGAGCGAUUGCUCAUGGUAAAGUCGUGUCGAAAAACGGCGGCGGGAAAUUUCGAAAUUUCAAAAAUCGAUUUUUUCAACAUUUUCGGGACUACUGUAGUUCAACAGGUUACUGUAGAUGUGAGUUUUUUAAUUUCCCGCCAAAACCUACCGUAACCUAGGCGUGUUUGGUCUCAAAACGCUCCAAAUUUUUUGCAGAACAUCAUUCCACAUUUCAUCUUGCGACGUGAAAAGCUGGAAAUUCUGGAAAAUCUGAAAUUUGCUCGAAUUCGCGAUUUCGAAAGUGCCAACAACAAAAUUCGACUGAAUCCCGAAAAAAAUCGAAAAUUUUUUGAGGUCUCCCAAAAUUUUCUACAAAAAUGA